CACUACUAUUCGAAUCGAAACACCCACCUAUUUUUCCGACUCCAUCACGUACCGCUACAUACCACGCACAAUUUCAAAACAAAAUUAAAGAUCAAAAUGAUGAGAAAUUUGGUUUUGGCGAUGAUGUUGUUAAUCUUGACAACUAGUCCUAUAAUAAAUGGCGGCAGCGAUUUGGUUGAAAGCACCUGCAGGAGAACACCAAAUUACGAGCUGUGCGUGAAAGUUGUAUCGUCGGACCCUCGGGCCCAGGGAGCAGACGACAUCACGACGCUAGCAAUCAUAAUGGUUGACGCCAUCAAGGCCAAGUCCCAGGAAACCGCAAUUAUGAUCAACAAUCUGCAGAAAACCAGAGAGGAUCUAAAAACAGCGUUAGAACAAUGCGCCUUCGAUUACAAGGUCAUUCUCACAGCGUCUAUCCCGGAAGCUUACGAGGCACUGACUAAAGGGGUUCCCAAAUUUGCAGAAAAGGGGGUGGUGGCCUCAUCUGGGUCGUCGCAGCAGUGUGAGCUAGGUUUUCAGAAAGCUCAAUCCCCACUCACUGCGCUCAACACAGAGGUGCAUGAUCUCUCCGAUGUGGCCACAGCUAUUAUCAAGAUUUUACUUUAAUUAAAACGACAAUAUAUAUAAUUGCCGCUCGAUCUCCUCAUCAUUACUAUAUAUAAUCAUCAUUUCUGAAAUAUAUAUAUAUAUA